UGCGCCUUCCCGAAUUCUCUUCACCCGAGCUCGCAUUGCCAUAACAGCACGUGUGAGAGAGGUUGCAACAUAUAAUUUUUUUGUGGCAAUAUCCUCUCUCAGAGUCUAGGUUUUAACGUCCAAGCUUUUAAAUAACGAUAAAAACUUUGUAAAAAUCGCAAAAUAACUUAAAAUCUCUCAAAAAAAGAGACGUAAACGCCUAUUGAGCAGAGCAAUCCGACGAAGCACCGCCAUUUCCACGUUCUAAGUUAAAGAAAUCAAGAUGAAUGCCACACCAUCCUAUCCUAUGGCCUCCCUGUAUGUGGGGGAUCUGCAUCCUGAUGUCACAGAAGCCAUGCUUUUUGAGAAGUUUUCAACUGCUGGACCUGUUUUGUCCAUCCGUGUCUGUCGUGAUAUGAUCACACGCCGUUCUCUGGGUUAUGCCUAUGUGAACUUUCAGCAACCAGCUGAUGCAGAACGUGCCCUCGACACUAUGAAUUUUGAUGCCGUUAAAGGGCGCCCUAUCAGAAUUAUGUGGUCCCAGCGUGAUCCCUUAAGAAAAUCUGGCGUGGGAAAUGUCUUCAUUAAAAAUCUUGACAAAAGCAUCGACAACAAGGCCUUGUAUGACACAUUCUCUGCUUUUGGCAACAUUUUGUCCUGCAAAAUUGCUUGUGAUGAACAUGGAUCAAAAGGAUAUGGCUUUGUUCAUUUUGAAACAGAGGAAGCAGCCAAGCAAGCCAUUGACAAAGUUAAUGUGUUGCUUAAUGGCAAGAAGGUGUAUGUAGGCAGAUUUACCCGCAAGGAACGGAUAUUGAUGAUGGGAGACAAGCUGAAACGUUUCAAUAAUGUGUAUGUCAAGAAUUUUGGUGAAGAGCUUGAUGAUGACAAACUUCGGGACCUGUUUGCACCCUAUGGUAAAAUAAUUUCUGCUAAAGUGAUGACGGACAAAAAUGGAAAGUCUAAAGGGUUUGGUUUUGUCAGCUUUGAAGAGCCCGAAGGUGCAGAAAAGGCUGUGGAUACCAUAAAUGGCAGCGAUGUUGGGGGCCGCACAGUCUAUUGCGGACGAGCUCAAAAGAGGGCUGAGCGCCAGGCUGAACUAAAGGAGAGAUUUGAGAAGAUUAAAAUGGAACGCAUCAACCGAUACCAGGGUGUCAACCUGUAUGUAAAAAAUCUGGAUGACACAGUAGAUGAUGAGCGUCUUCGUAAGGAAUUUUCUCAGUUUGGCACCAUCACAAGUGCUAAAGUCAUGACAGAAGGUGGUCGUUCCAAAGGUUUCGGCUUUGUCUGCUUCAGCUCGCCAGAAGAGGCUACAAAGGCUGUCACAGAAAUGAAUGGGCGCAUCAUCGUGGCCAAACCACUUUACGUUGCUCUUGCUCAGCGCAAGGAAGAUAGGCGUGCUCAACUUGCUUCACGUUACAUGCAGCAUAUGGCAACAAUGCGUCAACAACAGACAGCCCAGUUCAGUCAGAUGUUUCAGCCAGGUGCUGGGGCUGGCUUCUACUUGCCUGCCUUACCCCAGGCUCAGCAGCGGUUCUUUGCACCAACCCAGAUGCCCCAGAUGCGUGCAAACCCACGGUGGCAGACACAACAUGUUGCUCCAACUCAACAGGCAACAGGCUUCCAAGGUGUUCCCCCUGCUCAGGUGCGGCCAAGAGGUCCUGCUGGUGGUAACCAGCCAGGUGCCGCCCGAUCAGCGGUCAGUGCACGGCCUAUUACUGGUCAGCCUGCUGUUGCUGCUGGAGCGCCUACUGGACCUCGUGCCCCACUUGGUCCAGGUGGUGUCGGUCGUCCAGGUCCAACCAUGCAAACACAGAACCGAUUUAAGUUCACGGGUCAGAUUAGAAACCCUCAGGCUGCAGUCCAGGGAAAUGUAAUGCAAGCUCCUCCACAGUCAGUAGUCAUACCUGGCCAGGAGCCACUGACUGCCACUAUGCUUGCUGCUGCCCCUCCACAGGAGCAGAAACAGAUGCUGGGCGAGCGUUUUCCUCUGAUCCAGCGCAUGUAUCCAGAUAUGGCAGGCAAGAUUACAGAGCUGCUUGAAAUUGACAACUCGGUGCUUCACAUGUUGGAGUCUCAUGAGUCACUCAAGGCUAAGGUGGAGGAGGCGGUUGCUGUGCUGCAGGCUCACCAAGCUAAGGAAGCAGCGGCUGCCGCCAGGCUGCAGCUGCAGCUAAGAAGGAGUAAACUACGUCGCUGGUGACUGCACACCAGGAGGCACUGCUUUUAAUUCUUGCUUCAUCUGCGUUGGUUCAGUGUGGACUUGCGCAUUACUUUGGUCCUUCACCUCUUGCAGUUCAAAGACAUGGAAGAAAAGAUAUUUCUUCAUAAUGUCAUUUGUAGCUGUGGGGGCCAACCUAGAAAAGACAUAACUUUGUCUCAAUAGAUGUGUUGUUUGCUUGCGCUCUUGAGCUGCACGUGCAAAGUGUACUCAAUGCAUUUGGUUUUUUAUGCCAUGCUUGCUCUGUCAUUUUUUGUGGGGGUUUCCAUGCUUGGCAGGGUCUUUUACCAUCUCAGUUGUGGCAUAUUGGGGAGUAACUGUGGCUCCAUUAGGGGGUUCUGUCUCGCCUCCAUCCAGUACUUCCCACUUUUCAUCAA